UGCGGCGGCCGCUCCAUGCCUAGCUGCGGGGCUGCUCGCCCCCAACGCGCCUGCGCGCCAGAGCAUCCCCGUGGCCCAGGCGAAAGCGCCGCCGCGAGAGGGAGGGGCCAGCCGGCGCGGUUGCUAGGAGACGGCGCCCGAGCGGCCUAGCCCGGCAGCCGCGGCAGGAGAAGCCGGUGGCGGCGGCGGCGGCGGCGGCGGCUUCGGGGCCAGGCCGGCUCCUCCUUCUCCGCUCCGGCGCCCUCUCCCUCGGGCGCUCCCCCUGCCCCGCGCCUCAUGCUGUGGGCUCCGCUGGGUGGGAGCGGCCGCCACGGGCCCCCCCCAAGCCGAGGAGGAAGAGGCGCCGCCGCCGCCAGACUCGGAGCAGGAGGGCGGGCACAUAUGGUUGACUCUGUGUAUAGCAGCACGGACCCAGACUUGGAAGUAAUCAAUGAGGUGCAGUGGAGUACAAAUUCUGGGCAGUCUUGGCAAUGAGAGGACUUUGUGGGUAGCUGGCUAGAAGGUGAACGUGAUGACGGCCUGGUCUAGGGUGGAAAGACUGAAAAUGGAGAAGAGGCAUUCCCAAGAAGAGAGGACUGCUGAGCAAGAUGGUGGCGAUUGCAGCCCUGAAUCAGAAGACUGGACAAGCUCGGAAAGCGAGCCAGAGCAGCCCUGCUUUCAGAACAGCUGCAGCAACCCUCAGUGGAGGGAGAAGGAGAUCUCCCACAAACCACACCGGCAACUUUGCCGCUCGCCUUGCUUGGACCGCCCGAGUUUUUCACAGAGCAGCCUCCUUCAGGAUUUAAAAUUAGAAGAGAAUAAAACAAACUUGAGCAAGGAAUAUCAAGCUAAAAUAGAUUUUGCUUUAAAGCUGGGGUAUGCUGGAGACCAGAUUGAAGCCGUGUUGAACAAGCUGGGGGCAGAUGCACUCAUCAAUGACAUUUUGGCAGAACUUGUGAGACUUGGAAACAAGGUGGAGAACGAAGGACAAGCCAGCACGGGAAGUACCCCUGGGACCUCUGGAGCAAGUACCAAGGAAGCUGCCAGUCCAGAGCUGUCUCUGGAGGAUGAAGUGGUAGACAACUCUGACAACUUGAGACCCAUCGUCAUUGAUGGGAGUAAUGUGGCAAUGAGCCAUGGCAAUAAAGAAGGAUUUUCCUGUCGAGGGAUUCAGCUCGCUGUUGACUGGUUUCUGGAGAAAGGUCAUAAAGACAUUACAGUGUUUGUGCCUGCAUGGAGGAAAGAGCAGUCUCGACCCGAUGCCCCAAUUACAGACCAAGAGAUCUUACACAAACUGGAGAAAGAAAAAAUUCUCGUCUUCACCCCAUCUCGGAGAGUUCAGGGGAGGAGGGUGGUCUGCUACGACGACCGCUUUAUUGUGAAGCUGGCUUAUGAUUCCGACGGCAUCAUUGUAUCCAAUGACAAUUAUCGCGACCUCCAAAAUGAAAAGCCAGAGUGGAAGAAGUUCAUAGAGGAACGGCUCCUGAUGUAUUCGUUUGUGAAUGACAAGUUUAUGCCACCCGAUGACCCAUUGGGACGCCAUGGCCCCAGCCUUGAAAAUUUCCUAAGGAAAAAGCCUGUUAUUCCAGAACACAAAAAACAACCAUGUCCUUAUGGCAAAAAGUGCACCUACGGACACAAAUGUAAAUAUUACCACCCGGAACGAGCAAACCAGCCCCUGAGAUCCGUAGCAGAUGAGCUUCGUAUCAGUGCCAAACUCUCUGCUGUGAAAACGAUGAGUGAAGGUGCUCUGGUCAAAUGUGGCACGGGGCCAAUCCUUUCCAAAGGGGAAACCACUUCGGAAGUGAAGCGCAUUGCUCCCAAACGCCAGUCGGAUCCGAGCAUUCGGUCUGUGGCUGUGGAGCCCGAGGAGAGGCUGUCGAUGGCACGGAAGUCGGAGGCCAACUCUGUCCCGUCCCUUGUUUCUGCAUUAAGUGUUCCGACCAUUCCGCCUUCCAAAAGCCAUGCUGUUGGGGCAUUAAAUACGCGGUCCGCUAGUAGCCCCGUGCCAGGCUCAUCUCAGUUCACCCAUCAGAAGUCCUCCCUGGAGCACAUGGCCAGCAUGCAGUAUCCUCCCAUCCUGGUCACCAAUAGCCAUGGUGCUUCAGUCAACUACACCGAUCAUUACCCCAAAUACGAGUCUUUGGGGGACCACGGCUAUUAUUCCAUGCUCAGCGACUUCUCCAACUUGAGCAUUAGUAGCAUGCAUAACACUGAUUAUUACAGGGCUGACGUCGACCAAGGUAUCUAUUCAAGGAACUCCAGCCCCUGCCCCGACAGUUGCUUAAGCCAUACAAGUAACGAUUCUUACUCCUCUUACACGGACUUGUAUCUGGGUGUAGGAGACACAAGCCCAGAAGACAACGUGAAGGUCCAUCGCCUCCCGCCACAAAGCCGCCUCCAGCCUUUCUCCCACGGUUACCACGAGUCCUUAACUAGAGUUCAGAGCUAUGGCACCGAAGGGUCGAAACAUUCUCCGCGCAAGCAUUCGGCCUCUCUGGCACUACAUGUCCAGCACCCAGUCAUUGGCGCACGCUCCAGCUGCCCAGGUGAUUACCCUGUGCCUCAGAACAUGCACCCGUCGGCCACUGCCCAGCCGAGCCGUGCCCUCGUCAUGACCCGAAUGGACAGCGUUUCGGACUCGCGGCUCUAUGAAAGCAACCCCGCGCGGCAGAAGCGGCCGCCCCUCUGCCGAGAGCAGCAUGCUAGCUGGGAUCCAUUACCAUGUGCCACAGAUGCCUACGCCUUCCAUUCUUACCCACUGAGCCACAAUCUCAUGCAGCCGUGUUAUGAACCUGUCAUGGUCAGAAGCAUGCCGGAGAAAAUGGAGCAGCUCUGGAGGAAUCCUUGGGUUGGCGUCUGCGGGGAGCCGCAGGAACCCCACAUCAUCCCCGAGCACCAAUACCAGACCUAUAAGAAUCUCUGCAAUAUUUUUCCUGCAAACGUCGUCCUCUCUGUAAUGGAGAAGAAUCCUCACAUGACAGAUGCGCAGCAGUUGGCAGCGAUGAUUGUUGCCAAAUUGAGAACAGGGCGUUAAAAGGCAUCGCCUCGGAGCCACUGCUUGAAUUCCUGAAGAUAAAAUAUUGAUCAAAAUAUUGAGGAGAGCCCUAGAAAUGGGGAAGCAAUUCUCCACUUGUAAAAAAAUUUUUCUAACUGCGGGAUCCGAUUCUGUAUAUUGUUGUCACAAUUAUAUUUCAUAUGUGUGUGUGAAGCAUUCUGUGAAAGCAGACUGUAUUGUAAAUACGAAGAAAUGAGCAUUUUUAAAGCAGGGAUUUUUAAAACAAAGCAUUUUACAUGAAGUGCAUACCUUAUGCAUGGAUGUCUCCUUCUUGAAUUUGAAAGGUUCUAUGUUGGUAUGUCUGAAACCAGGUCAUUCGAAACUAUUAGCAAUUGUAUUGCAUGAGUCAGUGUGUGGUUUUCAGUAUUCACUGGUGUGUUCCAGUAUAAAAUAGGGCUUUUGAAACAAGCUCUCUGCACCUGAGCAUCUUCACAGAAAGGAAUUUCGCCUGUCCAUGUUAGGUAUCCAUAAAAAAAAAGGCGUUGGUAACACAAGCCCAAUCAGUUGGCAUAACAAUUUUACUGUUGCCAACAGGAAUCUCCUGUGCCAAAGCAGUGGCUCCAGUGGAGAGUCUGCCUAGUUAUUGGGGAAUUCCCCUUAUGUGCAAUGGUUUUUUUUAUUUUGCACAUGAGGAGCAUUGCCCAGCCUUGAAGAGACCAGGAGUGUAGUUGCCACAUGCGUGAAGCCCAAUGUGUAUAUUGGACCCACUGGACAGUUUUGGCCAGUGCUCUUCGGGAGAAAGAAUGGCAAUGUCCAAUCGACUGCUUGCAAGUAAGUCAAAUAAUCCUCAGCUUAAAAAGCAGGUGCAACAUUUGCACUUCGACAUGACCUUGCUCAGGCAUUUCUGAGCUUUCAACUCUACCUACAAUCUGAAAACCGUAAAGUUGUAGCAUUCCUGAUCUAAAUUCUACUUCCCCGUCCUCGCAUCUUGACCAAAACACAUGGUGAAGCAUUGUGUUGACCGGAUGCACGACUGUGUGAAUAAGCCGAUUAAUUUUAUUUUGUUUAAAUGGCAACCUGGAUAUUGGAAGGUGGGCUAAUUUUUCAAAGGGAUGUUUCAGAUGUGGUUUUACUGCAAUCCUGCUUCCGUUUUGCACUUUGAAUCCAUGCCAAGCUGUGCCAGCACUGCCAUUCUGUGGGUGGCAGUGUUGGUGUGAUGAGUGUUUUGCUCAGGGGUGGGUAACUUUUAUAUGUCUCGCCAGGAGGCGUGGAUGGCGGUGGAGGCUUUUUCUUCUGCUCUUAAGGUUGUACUAACUGGACACCCUUUUUAAAUCCAAUGUGUAUUUCAGCAUUUUGAACCACUACUAACUUGAUACAUCUCGAGUUAGGACUUUGUUGACUUCUACUGUAGUUUUUUUUCAUGAAAGUCGAGAAGGCCCGGUUUCCGGCCUUUUGUUUCUUCAUGAGAAGGUGUGACACUGCCUAAAUGUUUCUAACUAUGAAACACACGGAACGUGAGGCUGCGGUCAGGGUUGUUUCUGGCGUUUUGAUAACGGCUUGCAAGCUGCUUUCUGGUUAUUGGGAGAUCCCGGGGUGGGGGUGGGGGGCUGGGGAAGGGAAUAAACUCGAGUAUAGUGUCCUCCACUAGGAUGAUAGCACAGAUGCUCGGAAUGUCUGACCCAUUUUCAAAUUGUUUCAGUUGAGUCUGCUUAGGGCGGCUCUGAAUAAGAAUGGUUGUGCCUUCAUGUUGAAUGUUCAGCCAGCUGCACCCGAGAGUUCCACGGCUGGCUCUCCCAGUUGGCCUCUCAUGAAACUGGGCAUUUUUGGGCCUCAGCCAGGUGGUGCCCAUGGACAGACUAGUGAUACAGCUGUGCUAAAAGGAGACACAGAGAGAAAGUUGCCAGUUUGCCAUGCUGCUGAUGGAGCGCACAAAUACUGAAGCGAGAGCCCACCUGAGUGAUUAAUCCCCAUGAGUAAUCUCUGUUGAUCCAAGGGACUCGGAGGUUGCUUUCCAACAGUAGGGUGGUCAUCUCACGAUGGUCAGCUUUAUUUCCAGGCAUACCUGUGCCUAAAGGCCAAGGCACAGAACCAUGGGGUUCUGGGUUCCCUGGUACUCUUCCAGGUGCUGGUGCAUGAGGGCAGUCUGGAUGGUAAUCUUGGUCCACUUCAGAAAGGUCUGGGAUGGCUUGCCACAUAGCUGGCCAUUUCCCUGAGCAGCAAUCCUUCUCUCCGAUCUUUAAAACCUGCGCUGUGGGCAGGCAGAUCAGCCCCCCGUGUUUUUCUUUUUGUACCACUAAAAUGCACUAACCUUCCCAACACAGGUGGUUUGUGUUUGCUUCUGGCCUACUUUCAAAUACUUUCUCACCUUUAGAAUGGGACCUUAGUUGUUAACUGUAUAAAGUUACCUGAUACAAGCAGCUUAGAGCAAUGCCUCAAAUAACCAGAAAUGACCUUUUGUUUGUUGAUACAAAUUGUAUCUCUUUCUUGAUUGUAUAAAACAAUGUACACAAGCCAUCUCUAGAUUAGCUUCAAUACUGUAUUUUCAUCACUAUGUUUGUGACACUGUGUGUCACAGGGGAGUAGCCCAUGGAGGAUUAUGAAUCUUGUUUAUUUAAAAUGGGCACUUAGCCGUUUAUAGAAAAACUAAAAGGCAACUUUUCGAAUCCACUUUAUUACAACAAUGUGCACAGAUAGUGUGUACACUUAAGAGCACUAUGCUGAAUAAGUUAUAUUAAGUCUAUUUAUUAAAUUAAUGCACUCUUGCAAUGUGGUUUUUUUUGUUAAAAAAAGGUAUCAGUGUUAAUGAAGUAGAUGUCCAUAUUUAUACAGAGCUGUUGUUAACAGAACACUGUUGACAGUGAAACUGCUGUACAUCCUGUUUUUAUUCUUAACAGGAUACUUACUACAGUCUGAUUUUUAAGCUCCGUGUGAACCUUUGUGCACUCACCUCUCUUGCAUGGAAUUCGUGUUAUUUAUGUAUAAAAAUGGAUGUUCCCCAUUUUACUCCUCUUUUAAGGCAAACCCCUUGCAAAUUUGGAAGGAGUUGUUCAGCAAGACUGAUACUGAACAAACAUUGCUGCAUGAGGUUUCACAGGGAGGUGAAAUAUUUUGCUGCCACUGUCUAGUCAUUUAGUUAUAUAUUUAAAAAAUUUCAAGUCUCUUUUCAGUGCUUUCUUGGGGAAAAAUCUGGCUUUGGCGAGGAAGGGAUCUCUUUGGGGUUUUUUCCUCCUCCAGAAUGCCCCCAAAGUCUUUCUUCUGUACAAGUACUGGGGAGAAUGAAGUGGUCUUCAUUAUUCUUGCUUGCUGUUUUCCCCCCUUUCAAUGAAAUUGUGUAUAUUUGGCUUUGUUAUACUUCUCGAUCCACUUCUUAUAACCCUUUCUCUCUUUAGAGAAGCUUUUUCCAUGCCAGCUCAAACCACUGACAUUUCAUUGCCUUCAUCUCUUAAUACUGAAUUUCUUCUACCGUAGAAGGGAUGAUAUUUUUUAAAAAGUCACAGUCGCCUAUAUUGUAAAUACAAGACUUUGCUUAAAAAUGCUCUUUUUGAGAGCACAGUAUUUAAUUUUUUUUAAAUUGUGUACCGAUUACAGAAUAUGUAUCUAUAUAAACAUGGCCCGGUAUAGACCUAGAUUACAGUAACUCUCUCUCUUGUAAGAUAUUAAUUUGAAUUUAAUUUUAUGUAAUUUAUUAUUGAAGAGUGCUUAAUAUUCCAUUUUCUAAGCAUCAGACUCGUGUCUUAAGAAAUCCAAAGGUAGUUUUAGAAAGCGAUCCUAAGUUAAAUCCUCUUGUAAAUAUUAAACAUUACUUAGCCCUGGUUUUGCUUGUCCACCACACGUUACUUGACUACUGUUAGUCCUGUUGUUGUAUUAUUAAGCUUACAGUAGUUUGCUUUCCUCAUUCGUAGAAUUAAACAUUACUGUUUAAUUGUUGUAAAAACUUAUUUAAAAAAAAUCUCUUUGGGUUCUUUGGUUGACCCAAAUAUAAUGUAAGUCUCAAUGACAAAGAGAGAAGCUGGACUGUACGGCCAACUGCCCUGAUCUGGCAAGAACGCUGCGUGUGUGGAAGCUGGCUUCUGUGCGCGCAGCAGCAGAUUGCACACCACAACGGUGAUGCAGGCCCCUCCGCGAUGCCUGGAUGCAAGGUGGGGUGCACUAGCAGGGGCUAGACAUUUUCAUAAGCCACUCGAGCUGGGUCAGGGCCAGCAUGUGGUGUCUGUAGUCAGUCUAAUAUGUUGUGCAAGGCUUUUCUCUACAGCUGCAUGUUUAACGGCAUUCCUUAAGGUAUCUGCCAGCAUGGUCACGCACAUCGUCUUUGUACAAAAACGUUUUAUAAUCUUAAAAUAAAUGGCUGAGAGAUUGUUACCAAAGCAUCCGCUUGCUGGGGGACAGAAGGCAAUCUCCCCCCCCCCUUUAAUGUGUAAAUGUUGGGCAUUUCCCCCAUGAUCUACAGAGAAGAAACAUUUCUCAGCAAGUCAGUUGUAGAUGUCCCUGUGCAAUACCUCCCGAGCAGGUGACUUAAUGGAGUAACUCUCCUCUGGGCCUGACCUCACCUGUUUUUUGCUACCACUGAGCCAAAAGGAGGCAUGCUUGAGGCCACUAGGCUGAAUUACCUAAGCUGUGUCUGAUCCAUAGACUUGGAUGGUGUGGCUAAUGGUAUGAUCUGAACCAAGGUUUGAAAAGAGAGCAGGAGCCUUUCAUCACUUGAGAAAUCUGGCCUUGGGAGGGUGGUUCUAAACUUACAAGCAGCGCAUGUUCUGGAGCUGCUGAAUGUGUUGAUUUCUGGAGCAUCAGCAACUUCUUGGUUAGGAUUCUUGCCCAAGGGUGCAGGUCUAGCAAGCAAAGCACUGCCGAUGAGUUGCCAUGGGACGUUGGCUUGAGCAAAGCCCUUGAAAUGAGCAGUGGCUGUCAGGAUCAAACUCGUAUUUGGUACCUUCUUAAGGACCUUUUGUUUUCCACAACAGGAAUGCAUUUUCCAGAGGGCUGCUGCUUGUACAUGCCUGUGUAUAGUGGUGGAAGUGUUACUGUCAUUUCAUGCUGAAAGGAUGUGUGUCCCCAUUCCCUUAAGAGGCUGCUUAAUGUGGCUGUGGCUAGCUUAGUGGGUAGAACUUGCAAUUUCUGGUGCAUGAUCUGUGCAAAGAAGCCUGUCUGUCCAAAUGCAUCUCAAAGGUUGUUCUAGGAACGUCCCCCAGUUCUGUUCUUCACCCCACCUCUAAUAGAAUACUUCUGAAUACUGUAUGUCAGGUCUGUCGCUGUUUCAUAUACAGGCAUGUAUAAAUGUGUCCAAUAAAAGGAGUCGCUUGCUCCAUACUCCUGAAA